ACCUGUUCUCGCGGGAGGGGAGAUUGCCGAAGGAGCGUCCAGUGUUCCCUUUGCUUAUCCGGGUUCAAGAAGAAACAUGGAAGGUCUCAUGCUCCGUAAAUGACUUGGAUCACGUCGUAUAAGCAAUGGAGGUAAGCUGACACACGGUGAUGGGACCUCAACUCAUCCCAAACGGUUGGCUGAGAUAGCCGCGCAGAGUAUAACAGCACCGGUGUUUAAAAGAUGGAGUUUUGAGGGAGGCUCUAGAGAAAAAUGGCUGCCUUUUCUCUCAACUCCUUGCCUGUACCUCCUUCGAAGCACCAGAAGGCAGCUGAGUGUUCUCAUGUCGAUGGAGGCCUUAAACCGAUUGUUGUCACUGGCAAUCCUCCAACAUUUGUCUCUGCACCUGGUCGCCGAAUUGUUGCUGUUGGUGAUCUCCAUGGGGACCUUGCUCAAACAAGGUGUGCACUAGAAUUGGCUGGUGUUUUGAGCUCAGAUGGUCAAGAUUUGUGGAUUGGUGGAGAGACAAUAUUGGUUCAACUUGGAGAUAUCCUUGAUCGAGGUGAAGAUGAAAUAGCUAUCCUAUCUUUACUACGAUCGCUAAAUAUUCAGGCAAAAUCUGAUGGUGGUGCAGUAUUUCAGGUGAAUGGAAAUCAUGAAACAAUGAAUGUUGAGGGUGAUUUUAGAUUUGUUGACCCUAGGGCAUUUGAUGAGUGCAUAGACUUCUUGGAAUACUUGAAUGAACAUGAAGGCAACUGGAAAGAUGCUUUUGUUGGGUGGAUCAAUGUUUGUGAAAGGUGGAAAGAGAAUCGUAGAAUGUCCCAAAAUUAUUGGAACCGCUGGAAUCUUAUGAAGAGGCAAAAGGGGAUUAUUGCUAGAUCAACACUUUUAAGACCAGGAGGUCCAUUGGCUUGUGAACUAGCUCACCAUGCAGUUGUCCUCAAGGUUGAUGAUUGGAUUUUUUGUCAUGGUGGCCUUCUUCCUCAUCAUGUUGUAUAUGGUAUAGAGAGGAUGAACAAAGAAGUAUCUCAUUGGAUGCAAGGGUUCAGUGAAGACGAUAAUUAUAGUCUUGAAAUACCUUUUAUAGCUACAAGAGGUUAUGAUAGCGUUGUUUGGAACCGCUUAUAUUCAAGAGAUUGUGUAGACAGAAAAUACCAAUCUUGGCAGAUUUCCUCCAUUGUGGAAGAGACAUUACAAGCCAUAGGAGCUAAGGGGAUGGUGGUUGGUCAUACUCCACAGUAUAAUGGUGUUAAUUGUAGAUAUAAUCAGAGAAUAUGGUGUAUUGAUAUUGGCAUGUCAAGUGGAGUCCUUAAUUCAAGACCAGAGGUUCUAGAAAUUAAAGAUAAUAAAGCAAGGGUGUUGAGGGACCAAAGUUACUUGUUCGGUGAACUUGAAGCCAUGGAUUAUCUAUGAGAACAUGCACUAUGGCAGAAGAUCUGUGUUCUCUUCAUCUUUGGCAUUAUGUAUGGCAAAACAUGGGCAUGAGGCUGCAGGGGGAGGUUAAUAUGAAUUCUCAUUUCAUAUACGAAGACAUAAACUCAUACAGUGUAUAGAUAUACUUCCAAAUGAAACUUGAAACUGGAUAUGGAAGCACAUGGGGAAUUUAUUUGGGUUCUACUGCAAAUUCUCUCUUCUUUCUACUUGUAUAGAACUUGAUGUACCAGAUAUGUAAGUGAUAAGGAAGCAAUAUGUCUCAUGUCUGAUUUUGUACCAUUUUAAGAUUGACACUGAAAAGGCUUCCGAAUUAAAAGUCAUACUUGUAACUUGAUAAAAAUUUCAACAUCCGUUGGUUUCAUCA